ACGUGACUCGAGGGGCGGGAGGAAGUGAGCAGAGUUUGGCUGGGCACCUUCCCUACAAAAAGGCGGGCGGAGCCGAAAACCAAACAAACGACUUCUGAGUGAUUGGGGGCGGGGCCCACGGCGGCGGGCUUAGUUUCCAGAGCCGAGGCCUUCCGCCGAGUUGGUUUUUCGGUUGUUGAUCGCGGUGGCCGGGCGGUCUGCGGUCGGGCUGAGACGCGCGGAGCAAUGGCGACCUUUGUCAGCGAGCUGGAGGCGGCCAAGAAGAACUUGAGCGAGGCCCUGGGGGACAACGUGAAACAAUACUGGGCUAACCUAAAGCUGUGGUUCAAGCAGAAGAUCAGCAAGGAGGAGUUUGACCUUGAAGCUCAUAGACUUCUCACACAGGAUAAUGUCCAUUCUCACAAUGAUUUCCUCCUGGCCAUUCUCACGCGUUGUCAGAUUUUGGUUUCUACACCAGAGGGUGCUGGAUCUUUGCCCUGGACAGGGGGUUCCGCAGCAAAACCUGGAAAACCCAAGGGAAAGAAAAAGCUUUCUUCUGUUCGUCAGAAAUUUGAUCAUAGAUUCCAGCCUCAAAAUCCUCUCUCAGGAGCCCAGCAAUUUGUGGCAAAGGAUCCCCAAGAUGAUGAUGACUUGAAACUUUGUUCCCACACAAUGAUGCUUCCCACUCGAGGCCAGCUUGAAGGGAGAAUGAUAGUGACUGCUUAUGAGCACGGGCUGGACAACGUCACCGAGGAGGCUGUUUCAGCAGUUGUCUAUGCUGUGGAGAAUCACCUUAAAGAUAUACUGACGUCAGUUGUGUCAAGAAGGAAAGCUUAUCGGUUACGAGAUGGCCAUUUUAAAUAUGCCUUUGGCAGUAAUGUGACCCCACAGCCAUACCUGAAGAAUAGUGUAGUAGCUUACAACAACUUAAUAGAAAGCCCUCCAGCUUUUACUGCUCCCUGUGCUGGUCAGAAUCCAGCUUCUCACCCACCCCCAGAUGAUGCUGAGCAGCAGGCUGCACUCCUGCUGGCAUGCUCCGGAGACACUCUACCUGCAUCUUUGCCUCCGGUGAACAUGUAUGACCUUUUUGAAGCUUUGCAGGUACACAGGGAAGUCAUCCCUACUCAUACUGUCUAUGCCCUUAACAUUGAAAGGAUCAUCACGAAACUCUGGCAUCCAAAUCAUGAAGAGCUGCAGCAAGACAAAGUUCACCGCCAGCGCUUGGCAGCAAAGGAGGGGCUUUUGCUGUGCUAAAUUAGGAUUUGAGGGUGUAGGACCCUCACCAAAUUCACUGAUUACUGAAAAUUUAUGUUUUUUGGGUCCACAUUUCAAGGCUGAAGUGUAUAGUGUAUAUAUAACCUUUCCUAUGGAAAUGUGACAUUGAGUACAUUUGUGUUGCUGUUGUGAAGCCAUUAAUAUAAAUCUUUGGUAAUGACCCAUAUCUCUAUAUUUAUGUGUUCCCAGCUGUGGGAGCAGGCACUAAUGAAAUCCUAUGCCUGGAAUGGAGAUGCUUAGGUACCUGAGGCUUAGUGUCCUGUGGUCUGCAUGUAAGAUAGAUGACAUUCUAGAACAAAGAAGCUGUUAUAACAUAGUCCCUCUGAUCAGCAGGACAUCUGUGUGUUCAGUGACAUCAUACAUUCUGUAUCUAGAAGUCUAAAAUUUUUCUGCCUUUCUCCUAAAGAAUGUGCUCUUGCAUUUUGGCUGAAAUAACCUCCACAGUGUUAAAAAUCAGAUACCUCCUUUAGUGACCAGUUUAAUUUUAAUAGCUUUAGGUAGCCCCUGAAAAAUGUAUCACUGUAACUCCACAGGAAAUACGACAUGGAAGUGCUGUGUGUACUAAACCUUAUAAAGUCUCUGCAUUUAAAACCAAAAUCAAAACUCUUGGAAUGUAAGUAAUUAACUCUAUGUCUUCCCAUGACUCAAAUUUUGUUACAGUUAGUAUGUCCAAAGACUUUGAUUGGCAGUUUCUUGGGUUAAUUAUUCCUAUAGAAUGUAUUUUAAGAAAUCUAUACAAAUUUGUUUGGUAAUUGCCCUAUUUCUAGGAGGUAUCUAAUUCUACCCUUUCAAGUGAUAAAGUGAAAAUAAUUUACAUUCGACAGUGUUACUGAUAACAAACCUAGGUUUUUUAAAAGAUAUGUUGCUUUUUACUUAAGGGAUAGCAUUGACAAAUUAAGAAUAUAUAGAUAGGUUUGUGUAGGUCUAAAUAAUAGCUAUAUAGAUAUGUAUAUAUGGUUCACGUAUCUGGAUCUGUGUAUUUGAUUUUGUACUUUAAAUGUGACAAAUAAACUUUUUGGGAGAAAA